AUGGCAAUUCCAGACAGGGUAAUUACACUCGAUGUGGAGGGAAAUCCCCCUACCAGUCCUUAUCUCAAAACUGGUGGAAACCCAGCAACUUCUGCAACUUGGUCUAUUCCUACCCAGCAUGACAGCGAUGGUCAAGAAGUGAACUUGGAUCAGUACCUGCCACUCUACCGUGCUGCAUUUAGUGGCAAUUGGGAAGCGGCUAGCAAGUUUCUGGACAGUGAUCCAGAUGCUGCGAAAGCUAGGAUCUCAGAUUUAUCAAUGACUGCACUGCAUGUUGCUGCAAGUGAAGGGCACUCCGAAUUCGUUGAGAAAUUAGUGAAACGUGUUCCUAGUGAUGUCCUCGAAAUGCAGGACAAAAUGGGAUUCACACCGCUUCACUAUGCUGCAAUAGGUGGAAGCCCGAGGUCUGCCAAGGCUUGUUGA